AUGGUCGGCGUCGCCGCCGGCUUCGCGUUCGCGCCGGCCGUGUCCCGGCGACUGCCCUACAGGCCGUGCUGCUCCACCGCCCACGCCUCGGUGCCCUCGUCCUCGGCGCGGUCGUCGCUGGCCGCGCGGCAGGGGCGGCCGCGGCGGCUCGUCGCCGUCGCGCGCUACUCCGCGUACGGGAGCGACGAGGAAGACGACGAGGAGGGCGGGGGCGGGCGGCGGGACCGCCCCGAGCAGGAGCAGGACCCCGCCCUCGACAUCGAGCGCAUCCAGUCUUCGACCGUCAGGCUACUGGAUGCCCAGAAAAAUAUGGUUGGUGUUAUAUCUGUAAGCGAGGCAGUUCGAAUCGCAGAUGAAAAUGAUCUUAUGCUGGCAAUAUUGUCACUAGAUGGAGAUCCUCCAGUACUCCGACUCUUUGAAGAGAAAGAUUACAAAAAACACAAGUACGAACAACAGAAGAAGAAAAGAGUUCAGCAGAAAAGAUCCGUUGCAAAACGCAUGGGCUUGAAAGAGCUGAAAAUGGGGUACAACAUUGAUAUCCAUGAUUAUAGUGUGAGACUUAGAGCUGCAAAGAAAUUUCUUAAAGCCGGUGACAAGGUUAAGAUAGUGGUGAACUUGAAAGGUCGGGAGAACUUGUACAAAAAACAAGCGAUUGAACUUCUCAGAAGAUUCCAAACUGAUGUUGGUGAGCUAGCGACAGAAGGAAGUAAGAAUUUUGCAGAGAGGAAUAUAUAUUUGAUUCUUGUACCCAAUAAACUAGCCAUACAGAAAGAACAAGAUGGGGUGAGCAAAAAGGACACUGUGGAAGGAGAGACGGACCAAUCAGAGGAUGAAUUGGACGAGGACGACACUGUGAUCGAACAACUGGAGGGAAGUAGUUUGGAUGGGGAUGAGCUCGUGAUAGAACAACUGGAGGAAAGUAAGGAACCUGAGACAGAAGUCUCAGCAAAUGUUUGA